GACCCGUUUCUCUCUCGAAUCAUAGGAUUCUUCAAAACCCAACUUUAAUGAUCUUGAAUGUUGUAGACUUGCAGUCUUGUAGAAACAAGGAAGGUACCUAGAAAAGAGAGAGUUAAAAGAAAUGGCUAAGUUCUUCAUAAAUCAAGCCAAGCAAUACGCUGCAGCCCGACCUAAUUACCCGAUCCAACUCUUCGAGUUCAUUGCAUCGAAAACACCAUGCCACGACCUUGCAUGGGACGUUGGUGCCGGAAGCGGCCAGGCCUCACGAUCGCUAGCUGGAAUCUACAAGAAUGUCAUUGCUACCGACACAAGCUCCAAGCAACUUGAGUUUGCUGCAAAGCUUCCCAACGUACGUUACGAGCUCACUCCACCAGUGUUGUCUUUGUCGGAGAUCGAACAGCUAGUAGCGCCUGAAUCAUCGGUGGACUUAGUCACCGUCGCUCAAGCCCUUCACUGGUUCGACCUACCGACCUUUUACAGCAACGUGAAACACGUGCUCAAGAAACCAGACGGAGUAUUCGCCGCCUGGUGUUACACCAACCCUGAGAUCAACGCCGCCGUUGACGAGGUUUUCCGGAGGUUUUACGAGGAAAAACUUGGCCCGUAUUGGGAUAAAGCUAGGCGGCUUGUUGAAGGUGGGUACAAGGAAAUAGAGUUUCCGUUCGAGAAGAUCGUGGAUGAGUCAACGGAAAGUCAAACUUUUCCUGUUAGGUUUGUGACGGAGAGAGAGAUGGGGAUUGAAGAGUUUCUGACGUAUCUGAGGUCAUCUUCGGCUUAUCAGACGGCUAAAGAUAAGGGGGUUGAGCUUUUAACGGCGGAGAUGGAAGGAGAGUUUGUUGGUUCGUGGAAAGAAGACGGUGAAGAGAAGAAAGUUGUUAGGUUUCCUAUCUAUUUGUUGAUUGGUAGAGUUGGAGAAAAUCGUGUCUGAAACUGAAUAUCUGUCUUCUUGAUUUGAAUUGUCAAAAAGAGUUCCAAAUAAUUGAAAAACUUGAAUAAA